AGUAUGCUUCCAGUCUUCGUUUUCGAAGGUAGUGGAUGUGCAGGGUUAGGGAAGUACGCUGGCUAUUUAGUGGCAAAUCUUAACUCAUUUCGGUUCGACAAUUGUUCGAGAAGCAAAUUCUUACAAUUAGAAUCACAGUUCAUGCGUGAACGUUAGUGCUGGUUUUCAGUGGAAAAUUGUUAAGUGAGAAUUACCGUUUACUAGUUGACGAAAAGGUUGAUUUUAAACUGGAACAAGUGUAGUGGAAAUCGGAGAAGUUUCUGGGUCGAUGUUAUGCAUUUCAUGUGUUGAACGUGUCGUAAUUUUCCAUAGUGGUUUAUAUUUUCGGAAUAACAAUGCUGGCGUUAAUAAGGCUGUUUCGAAAUUUCAACUUCGUGGCAUUCUAGCGGUCUACUAUAUCCAGGUACGGUCAAACGUUUAGAUGUAAAUCGAGACUUCAUUCGGCUAAUAAGUAGACUUAUGUUCAACCAUUAUUCAUCAGAGCGAUCCUCACCUCGAGACACACAGCAACUGUGCUCCGAGAUCCGAGAGCUGUUAACGCGACGGGCGAACUAGUAGUAGACCCCGUUGAAGAGCGCGAGGCGGGGGUAGUAAGAGAAUUUGUUAGGAGGGAACUCGCUUGCCGCCCACAGAUCGCGCGCGCGGAGAAUGUUCAAUUAUAGGCGGUUUGUGACGGGCAGUCAGCAGCGACUCCACCGGCAACAGCAGCAGUAAAAGUAGUAGAAGUUGCAACGCGGUAGCAGUUGCCGCAUCCGAUCGAUACGCUCGUGUUUUGGAUAUUGUCAGGAAUCCGGGCGACAGGGAAGCGUCCCCGCAAUCGAAAGUGGUGUCCCCGGGCGAGCGGCAAUCGUGCGCUUUUCUAAGGUGAAACAAAGUUGGCAAGCUUUCAAAUUUCCGAUGUGUUUUUUAAUUACUAUGUGAGUGCAGUUUCUGUUUAAAUGAAUGCGACAAAUCUGAAAAGAUAAAAAAUAAAACGAAGUGUACGAGUGUGAUAAAUUUGUCUGUGUUGCAAAAAAAAUAGUGAAUCGAAUCAACGCUUCUACAGUGCCGAAUGGUACAAAGCUUUGUAAUCGGCUAAUGCUCAUAUGUUUUGAAACAUUGCUCACAGCUUCCGGUGUUGAAACAGGGUUAUAGAGUUAGUGCAAACGUAGAAUCCGAUUUGUAUAUAGUGGCCUGAGUGUUCAGCAAGUGAUUGCUUUUUUUCUGGUUUAUUGGAAAAAAGCUGGACGACAGACAGGAGGUGUAGCAGUGGGAGAUUUGGCUUCUAUCCGAAGUCCUCGAGCGGAAUAUGGAUAGAAGUGUAGAUUCCAUUGGUAGUUGUUCACUCGAUGUAGAUGCUGAUUCGACUGAUUUUUCUGACACCUCAGGCGAACUAAACUUCCUAACGCCCAACUCGGCCAAAGAUAUCCAACGUGAGUUCACUGCCGGUAUCAAGGAGCGCUGCAAGAUCCCGUUCAUCAGCUGUCAGGCCGUAACGACCGUACUGGAUCCGGCGACGGGUAAUAUCAGCACCGUCCUGACGACGACAUCCCCCCAGACCGAGACGGCCACAUCGACGACGACGGCGGCGACGGCUGCCACGGGCAAGAAGCCGAGCUACCUUAAUCUGGCCUGCUGUGUGAAUGGUUACUCGAAUCUGACGACGUAUGAUUCGAAGCUGAGGCAGGAUAUCAACAAGUCGCGGGAGGUAUCGCCGAGCCGGCCGAUCAUUGCCACACUGCACUACAAUCGGUCGGAGGGUGGCAAUUUUCAGCUGACCGCCCCCACUCUCAGCUACAUUAGUAUGAAUAAUAGUAUUAACAAUAGCAUUAGCAACGGCAGAAUUGGCGCAAUGGUGAACGGCGGUGGCGCAGGGGGACGAUUUGUCGGAUCGGAUCGGACCGUCAGCCAGGAUGUUCCGGAUAAUGCCGCAAUGUUCAAUAGUAAUGGGUUCAGCGGUGGUGGGCUGCGAACAAAGGUGAUUUCAUCGCAAUCCCAGCUAGGCAGCGUAAAAGAGUGCGAGAAAGUGGUGAAGAAGAGCUUCAUUCAGCAGCGCGUCGAAAAGUUGUACGGGAGCGCGGAGGGCGUUGUGAUUAGCAAGCAGAUUUACAACAACAACGAGAGGAGAUAUUUAAACAACAUUGCGAAUGAGAAUGUGAACAAGAGCUACUCUGGCACGAUUCACUUCAAUGGGAACGGAAAUGCCGCGUCGAAUGCUUGCUGCGAUGUUGGUGGAACCGGGGUCGGAGGAGGGGGAGGAGGGAUAGCAAAUGGGGCAGGAGGUGGAGCUAGCGUCAACGGUAGUUGUGGUGGAACAAAAGAGAAUCUCGAUGAGAACAAUAAGGAGAUUACCAGUGAUCCAGAUUUGGAAGCGCUGCCAGUAUUGCGGCAUUUGCGGCCUGAGUUCCGGGCACAGUUGCAACUAUUUUCUCCCAAAAAAGUCCCCAAAACGUCACCCGCUCGGAGCUCUUCCGGUAGUGGUACCGCCAGCAGUGAUUGUCACAUCGAUAGCUAUUCCAUGUCCAAUGGGGAUUUAAGUCAUCAUCAUUCGUACUCCACAUCACACUUGAUCAACGGCAAAGUCACAACGUCAAACAGCACGACAACGGCGUCCUCCUCGCUGUCGUCAUCAUCGUCUAUCCACGCGUCGUCAAACGGAGUGGACUCGAGAGAAGAACACACCACAGUGGCAACAACAGUAGUCACAACGGCUACCACAACCAAAACCGAACUCGCGAAAUCCCAUGAACAGCAGAACGGAUCGGAUUCGGAGUCUUUAUCAGUGGUCACUUCGGCUGGGGAGACGACGACGGCGACUAACACUAGUGACGCAACAGGGCCGACAACUGUUGCCAACGAUAAUAGUAUUUGCGGCGACAUUAGGCGAGAAUCUUUUUCGCCAACCACGACGGCAGUGACAAAACGAACACCAGUCGGAGAGGAGCCAAUUUGUGUGGAAUCGGUUUCGGCCCCGGAGCAGAAGCAAGAGAUGAAGUUGAACGAACUGUCGUCGGUGGCCCUUAAUGGUGGCGAUCAUGACGAUCGAGCGAAAGUUAUCCAGAAUGGAACCAAGAACGGCCAUCAUAACCAUCAUCCGGCGGAAAAUAAGGAAAAUCUGAACGGUGACAUAGUGGAACCGCUGUCGGCAAAGUCACCCCUGAAGGAUGGAAAUUAUUUUCUGCAGGUGCUCAAGAACGAACAGAAAAGGCUCUACGCAAUGGCAGCCGAUAUAGAGAGUGAAAUCGAACAAGUGAAGACUGAUGGUGUGGAAAUCAGCGAGGAAAUUACCGGCUACAUUUUGGUGGCGGCGGGUAAAGCACGACUUCUGUGCUCGCAGAAAAUGAAGCAGUUUGAAGGUUUAUGUUACAACAAUCUCAAUCAAUUGCCCGGCGAAAAGUUUCAAACUACGAAUGAAGAUCUACGCGGCUUUUGGGAUAUGGUUAUGUUGCAGGUUGAUAAUGUUGACGCCUCUUUCGCUGAGAUUGAUUCUUUCAGAAGAAAUGGAUGGAAGCAACCAGCGCCCGUGAGUCCCUCCCCGCAGACACGCAGCAACACCAGCAGCACGGUCCGAACUUCGAAGCUGGUGAAAAGGCCUUUCAAAACUCCGGCCGUCUCAUCGGACUCGGUGGAUGGCGGCAAUACUGCUGCUAGUGGUAAGCGGGCAGCUGCUGCGGCCGCCGCCGCCCGACGAGAUGCCCAGAGGAAGCAGCUCAUGGAGUUGAAGCGAAAACAAAAAUUGGCCAGCAGCCAACAGAAUGUGGAAAUUUUUGUCCCAGGCGCGCCCAUUCCCGCCGUUUCGAGUGAAACGAACGAUGCUGCUGCCGCCGCGGCCCUGGUUGAUGCGAGUUGAUCUCGCUCAGCCAACCACAACACUACUGGACUCGACCGGUGUCAACGCCUGCGGGAAGGACCGGAAGUUACGUAAUUUUUGUAUUACAUCUUUGUUUUAAUUUGUCGUUCUUUUAUCGCGAUAAACCACGUACACAUACCUAUAGAUCCACAUGUUUUGACUGACUGAUUUAGUAGACUAUGUUGGGUGAGAUCGAGUGGAAGAAUGUUUGAGGUAUUUUUUCGGUGAGACUGAAUGAUGGAAUGGGACGGGACGGACGUUGUGUCUGGGUUUCUGGUGAUAAUACGUUGCUGGGCGAAAGAAAGAGUUGUAUUUUGCAUAGAAAAAAAAACCGUAAUUAAAAUACAUUCAUUGUGAUUUUAUGAGAAAUGACAAUUUUUUUAUAUGUUGAAUAUACUUAUUAAUAGUUAGAGAUACACAAUUAAAUAAAAAAAGAACCAUGCAAAAACAUAAGCAAAAUAUUUAUUUAGUUUUAGGACUCAAAACUCAAUGAGCUAACCUUUAUAGGAACAAUUCUGAAUACAGACAUUGGAAAGUUCACACGGCAACAAGAUAACCUUCUGUGCGCAUAUCGAGAGAUAUUGCAGAUGCAUUACUGUAAUUCAGGAGAGGAAACAAGCAGAAUUUAAUUUUUCGCUGUAGGUUAGUUCUUAAGCUACUUUACCGUUCACCUCCACUACGACACUACUAAUAACGCAAAAUGUACACGAAUGAAAACUAACGAAACUUUUUCAUGUUAUCUACAUUAUGUGAAUAUCUUGAUAUUUUUUUUUAUUUGAAAGUUUAUUUCUUUUACAUUAUCAUGCAACCCAUGGUACUGAUUUUGAUUCGCCUGCGCUCGACACAUCGGAUUGUAUUUAGUUUACAUUUCAUGCUAACGAACGAAUUUAUCUCACUGCUAAACAUUCAAAGCAUCGGCGGGUCUUUUUCCAACAUUGAUUCACAUGAAUAUGAGUGCCUUUUAAUCAUUGUUAACAAAGUGCAGUACAAACUUACAGACGGUUCAGUUUAGUCUUCUAGCUCUAGUGUGUAAUUUUUUACGAGAUUGUUACUUUACCUUCUUAAUCGAAAUUGUUUGCCAGAUCGGUGUCGAGUAGCAUCUAUCGAUUGUUCUUAGUUUUUUUUCUCUCUCCAGAAAACUUGCUCACGCUUUCAAAUGAUAGAUCAACGUAUAUUGUAGAAAUACCUAGCAGCAAUCCAGCCACCUGUUAACAUGCUUACUGUAGAGAAAGAUAAUGUUUGAUCGUCCUGGAUCGAACAUUUUCCCAUAUGAAUUAGGACUUCGUUAUGCGUACUGUAAAUAUGUCAGUGGUACGCAAACGCACGAUUUGGGAGCCCAUAAUUUGGCGCGAAAUUGCAAGAUUUUAUUCAGCGAAGUGAUGCGGCAUCGCUCGGAGCAGAUAUGGAAAUUGUAAUGUGAAUAAUAUACGAAACCCUUAAGUCACAUA